GUUUGCAAUGCUCUGGCUUCUGUCCUACGUCACUGUCAUGGUGUAUGGUUUCGCGGGUCUGUUCUGUUUGGCAGCUGGCCUUUUGUAUGUCACGGAAUUAGUCGAGGAGUACACGGUGACCACGGGUAAAGUCAUCCGCUACUUGAUUGUUUCUGAAUGCUUUCUGCAACUGGUUGUGUUUUUCACUGACCAAGUAACUCUGGUGACGACUGUUGUGGGACUGUUUGCUCAUGCUUUCUAUUGGUCAUUGCUGAAACACUUUCCCGCCUUUCACUUUGGUUCUGUGCCAUUCAUAGGUAGUCUAGUUGCCUGUGCUUUGCACCACUUUGUCGCCCUUCGAAUGUUCAAUUCGUCUUUCCACACGUUCACCGAGACACUCGCCUACUUUACUUUUCUCGUGUGGGCAGUUCCAUUCAUGUAUCUAAUCUCAUUGUCGGCAAACGACUGGGUGCUACCACAAACCGUCCCAUUCAACUAUCAAAACCGUGAGCAAGAGCCGUUGUUGUCUUCCGGUCAGGACAUGGUCUCGGCCUACUUAAAGAAGAAACGGCGUAGUCUUUACGCCUUGCUCUCAGCUGUUCGAGACUAUCUGCCAUCACUAACCUCAAAGAAGGGUUUCUAA